CCAGCCGCCGCCGCCGCGGGCCCAGCGCAGCGAUGAGGGUGGCCGUGGACUUCGAGGAGGGCCUCAAGGACUCGCCCCGCUUCAGGGCUGCUCUGGAAGAUGUGGAAGGAGACGUGACAGAGCUAGAGCUGAAGCUGGAGAAGCUGGUGAAGCUCUGCAUCGCGAUGAUUGACACAGGGAAAGCCUUCUGUGUGGCCAACAAGCAGUUCAUGGCUGGCAUCCGAGACCUCGCUCAAUAUUCCAGCAAAGAUGCGCUAGUGGAGACCAGCCUGACAAAGUUCUCCGAUAGCCUUCAAGAGAUGGUCAACUAUCACACUAUCCUGUUUGACCAAACACAAAGAUCAAUCAAAGCACAGCUUCAAACAUUUGUUAAAGAGGAUAUUAGAAAAUUUAAAGAAGCCAAGAAACAGUUUGAGAAAGUCAGUGAAGAGAAAGAGAAUGCGCUGGCCAAGAAUGCACAGGUGCCGAGGAACAAGCUGCACGAAGUCGAGGAAGCCACCCAUAUCCUGACCGCAACUCGGAAAUGCUUCCGCCACAUUGCCCUGGACUACGUUCUUCAGAUCAAUGUUCUUCAAUCAAAGAGGAGAUCUGAGAUCCUAAAAUCAAUGUUGUCCUUCAUGUACGCCCACCUGGCCUUCUUUCAUCAAGGUUAUGACCUUUUUAGUGAACUUCAACCCUACAUGAAAGACCUGGGAGCUCAGCUGGACCAGCUGGCAGUAGAUGCUGCAAGGGAGAAGAGGGAAAUGGAGCAAAAACACUCCACUAUUCAGCAGAAGGAUUUCUCCAGGGACGAGACGAAGCUCGAGUGCAACGUCGACGCGGCCAGUGGCAUCGUCAUGGAAGGAUACCUUUUCAAGCGAGCCAGCAACGCCUUCAAGACCUGGAACAGGAAAAGGCCCGAUGGCAUCAGGCGCUGGUUCUCCAUACAGAAUAACCAACUGGUGUACCAGAAAAAAUUUAAGGAUAACCCCACCGUAGUUGUUGAGGAUCUGCGGCUGUGCACAGUUAAGCAUUGUGAGGACACAGAGAGGCGCUUCUGCUUCGAGGUGGUCUCGCCGACAAAAAGCUGCAUCCUGCAGGCGGAUUCGGAGAAGCUGCGGCAGGCGUGGAUUCAGGCUGUGCAAGCCAGCAUUGCCACUGCCUACCGGGAGAAGGGGGACGAGUGCGAGGUGGAGUGGAAGCCGGCCCCAUCCACAGGGAGCCCCGAACUGGGAGGGGAAUACAGAGAGAAGCUGUUGAAAGGCGAGAGCUCCCUCCAGAGGGUCCAGAGCAUUGCUGGCAAUGCUGUGUGCUGCGACUGUGGCUUGGCAGAUCCACGGUGGGCCAGCAUCAACCUGGGCAUCACGCUGUGCAUCGAGUGCUCUGGCAUUCACAGGAGCCUGGGGGUCCAUUUUUCCAAAGUCCGGUCGUUAACCCUCGAUUCAUGGGAACCGGAGCUCCUCAAGCUCAUGUGUGAAUUGGGAAACGUUGUCAUUAAUAAAGUGUACGAAGCAAGAAAUGAAAAAAUGGGAGUCAAGAAGCCCCAGCCUGGAAGCCAAAGGCAGGAGAAGGAAGCAUACAUCAGGGCAAAAUAUGUGGAAAGGAGGUUUGUGGAAAGAGGCCGGUCCACCUCUGGGAGCCCGGGAGCGAAGCGUCUGCCUGCAAGCCAAGAAGCAAAGAGGCACUACAGCCCCGAACAGUCCCCGGGUGCCACCGAGCCCCUGGCCGCAUCUCCUCAAGUGCGAAGUAAUGACAGCGGAUUUCAGCACAGCACAGAGGACAGCAGAGAGCAUUUGGCCUCCACAGUAUCAGCAAAUACCUUGUACGAGCCAGAAGGUGAGAGGCAGGAAGCCGUUGCGCCUGGGCGCUCCAGAGAGGCCGCUGCAGGGCUGCAGCUGUACCAGGCCUCCUAUGAGAAGAACCUCCCUCAGAUGGCGGAGGCCCUGGCCCACGGGGCAGGCGUGAACUGGGUCAACGUGGAGGAGGACAGAGCCACGCCUCUGAUCCAGGCGGUUCGUGGGGGCUCUUUGGUCAGCUGUGAGUUCCUGCUCCAGAACGGAGCCAAUGUGAACCUCAGGGAUGCCCAAGGCAGAGGCCCCCUGCACCACGCCACAGUCCUGGGGCACACUGGGCAAGUGUGUCUUUUCUUGAAACGUGGAGCCAAUCAGCAUGCCACUGAUGAGGAAGGGAAAGACCCCUUGAGUGUGGCGGUAGAAGCAGCCAACGCCGACAUCGUGACGUUGUUGCGCUUAGCAAGAAUGAAUGAAGAGAUGCGUGAAUCGGAAGGACUCUAUGGCCAACCAGGAGACGAAACCUACCAGGACAUAUUCCGUGACUUUUCGCAAAUGGCAUCCAAUAAUCCCGAGAAGCUGAAACGCUUUCAGCCGCCAGACGCACAGAAGCCUUGAAGAGGGUGGAAGACCCCAGCACCGACACCCCCCACCCACCCCUGUCCACGCAGAGCUGUAAUUCUGCCUGCCCCUUACUCUUUUUUAUACAUAAAAUGGCUUUGGUUAUA